AUGUCUCAUACUCUUACGAUUGACGGCAGAACCUCGAUUCAAUUUGAAUCUGUCUCUGGGCUGGACGCUUCUGCACUCGAGACAAAGCCAUACAUCCACUUACACAAAGGUCGCGGCACCGCCACCUCUGAGCUUCUCGAAUGGAUGGCGUCGGAUACUGUCAAGGCUACACCAAAGAACGUCACCAUCAGCUCUCCUAACCAGUUGACCGGAGGCCAGCAGGUAUGGACACUUACGGAGGCCAAGCCAGUCCUUGUUUCGGGCCAGGGUGUCAAUCAGAAUACGAAUGAAUUCGCAGUUGAAGAUCUGAGACUGUCUGUUGCGGAUAUGAAGCCUCAGCAAUAA